GAAACUAGAUUAAAAUGGCGGCCGAUGAUUACUUGAACGAAAUGCGACGAUACUUUGAAAAUAAUAACCGCACAAAGGACUUCGUUGCUCACACAGCUAAGGUUCAUUCAGUUGCAUGGAGCUCCGAUGGUAGAAGACUCGCAUCAGGAUCUUUUGAUAGAACUGUUAGCAUUUUCGUCUUGGAAAAAGAUCGAUUGACAAAAGAAACAACCUUCAAAGGUCAUGGUGAGAGUGUUGAUCAGCUCUGUUGGCACCCCAGCAAUCCAGAUCUCCUUGUUACAGCAUCAGGAGACAAAACUAUCCGAGUAUGGGAUGCUAGAGCCACCAAGUGUGUAUCAGUAGUAAAUACCAAAGGAGAGAAUAUAAAUAUUUGUUGGAGUCCAGAUGGGAACACAAUAGCAGUGGGAAAUAAGGAAGACCUUAUUACAUUUAUUGAUGCAAGAACAUUCAAAGCAAGGUGUGAUGAACAAUUUAAAUUUGAGGUUAAUGAAAUAUCAUGGAACAACACCAAUGAUCAAUUUUUUCUCACUAAUGGUCAUGGGUGUAUAAACAUAUUAAGUUAUCCUGAGUUAAAACCACUGCAAACAUUACACGCUCAUCCUGCCAACUGUAUAUGUAUAAAGUUUGAUCCUAAAGGAAGAUACUUUGCUACUGGAAGUGCCGAUGCUUUAGUAAGUUUGUGGGAUCUGGAUGAGCUGGUUUGUGUUAGAACAUUCUCGAGAUUAGACUGGCCUGUAAGAACGCUCAGUUUUAGUCACGAUGGAGGGAUGCUAGCGUCUGGUUCUGAGGAUCUCAUUAUUGACAUAGCGAUGGUUGAGACAGGAGAGAGAAUAUGUGAAGUACAAUGCAAUGCUCCAACAUUUACAGUAGCCUGGCAUCCUCAGAAACCUCUUUUGGCAUUUGCCUGUGACGAUAAGGACAAACACGAUCGCGAUGCAGGCACUGUCCGUCUGUUUGGAUUACCCACCAACUCCUCUUAGAGUGCAUUUCGACUGAGUGUCGUAAAGUGAAAACCAAAUAUGUACAACAGCCAAUCAGAACAUAGGAUACUAUUCAAAGAGCCAAUUAGAAACGAAA